CCGUGAUGUAGUAAUUCCCUUUGCAGCCACUAGCCUGAAGACGAAGGCAUCAUUAGGCUACGGAAAUCUCACACAUCGCAAAUUUUAAAAUAACUUGGGUAUCCAAGCUGAGAAAGUGCAAGUUCUGUUCACAGUAUAGAAACAAAUGGAAGAAGAGACAAUGUCAAAACUCCCAGUAAAGCGUGUACACAGAGCAAUCGAAGCUGACUCCAUUCACUUGGCCUUAGCGAUGUGGAUGGAAAUGUUCCCUGAUGACACUGAGGAACAGUGUUCAACGGCAAAUGGUAGGGAACAGUCGACGACAGCUGGUACAGGAACUUCCGCAACAACGCAACUAUUCCGUAAGGUUGGCUGUGUUCUGGUGGAAGGCAAUGGCCGCCUUCUUGCGAUUGAUCGCAGCCGUGACGGUGUUCAUGGAUUGGCCAGUUUGUUAGUGAAACAUCACGACAGAGCUAAGGAUUGCAGUGUCUUUAUUUCAAGAAAACCUUGUACCUACUGUUCUAAACUCUCCUUGAAGGCGGGCGUGAGGAAAGUGUCUUAUCCGCCGGUCGAACCCGAAUAUUACGAGGCAAGGAAGGAAGAGAAGCGGAUCGAGGCUCUCUUUGAUGCCGCCCAAAUCGUUCAAAAUGUUUUUUUCCCCCAGUUAAAGAAGGAAUUAGUAACCGCGGUCGAAGAAGAGUUAUCAGCUAAAGCAACAUCUUUCAAUUAUGUUCGUGAGUUUGUUGAAAAGGUUUCUAAUAGAUUUUGGAAUGACGAAUACGCGAAGGGUGUCAUCGAGGGCCCCUUCCAUCAAGCAAAACACGAUCUCGAAAACCUUUCGAAAUGGUUUGCUCAAAUUUAUCUUCCUUUGAAACAUUCCAAGUUUGCACUGGCUGCCAAGCACAUAGCGAUUCCUUCGGAGAGAGCAACAAGCGCGUUUGAUCCAGAAAAUGAUUUACACCAACGACGAAUUGCAAAUCACUUGCUUGCUUUGGGAAGGAUGACCGUCCAGUACACCGUGGAACCGAAAACAGGGGUCGGCUGUGUCAUCAUGAAGGACAAUGAUAUAGUAGCAGUUGGCUGGAAUGAUUUUCCCCUUAAAUCAAUCGAGGAAAGUUUUCAUUAUGCAACCGAUCAAGAAAGAGACGGAAAAUAUCCUUUCUUCAUUCACGCAGAGCAAAACGCUCUUCUCGCGCGUAACGCAAAAGAUGUCACGGGGACUGUCAUUUUUGUCACGAAAAUUCCUUGUCACGAAUGCACCCCUCUAGUGAAGGUUGCUGGGAUAGGAACAGUAGUGUUGUCAACACCACUUAAACCAGUUCAGGAAAAGUACAGCCUGAAUUACGACACUUUUCGAGAGGAGGUAGAGAGAGGAACCUUUAUAUGCUAUGAAAUAUCUACAGAAAACGUAUCAUAGAACCACUGACAAAUACGAGAUACUUGCUAAGUAACUUACUUCAGGACAUGCGGAAGGAUACAGCAGAUGACAGUGACUUCAGAUACAAAUCUUUGUGUAUGUUACUACUAUGCGUAACGGUAUCACCAGUUUUGACAAUGUAUAACACGUUUUUAAUCACAUAACACUCUAGACAUAUGAUGUAUUGUAACAAUUCCU